AGCAAAAAACCUGUUGUCAUUAUGGGGUAUUGUGUGUAGUUUGAUUGAGGGGGGUUUAAUACAUUUUAGAGUAAGGCUGUAACAAAUUGUGGAAAAAGUCAAGGGUUCUGAAUACUUUCCAGAUGCACUGUACAUGUUUUUAAUUGUAAAAUAAUGACACUGUAUAUAGCCAUUGAUUCUUGACGGAUGUCAUUUGUAAUGCCUGAUGAGUGUAUCUAACUAACACCAUCAGAACCCUAAAUAUAAACGUGUUUUACUCCAUUGUUUGUAAACAAUGUAACUGUAAAUGAACACUAUGCUCCAAAACAUGGUUAAAACUAAAAAUGUUAUCUCAUGGCUGAGCAGUCCUUGCAUCCAUGUCUAUGAAUAUGGGUGCUUACCAUUAUCCAGUCCCAUCCCUCAGUAGUUUACCAGGUGAGGGAUGAGAUGGAUACACCGAGGACUUUUAGUUUUCAGUAAUAACACUUUCUGUAGGGCAGCCCAUUACACUUAUAAACUCAAUAGGGCAGCCGUCCAUUAUCAUGGCGACUGCACAAAAGCACAUUCAAUUUCUAAUAUCACCUUUUAACUCGGCAAGUCUGAAGUAAUUCUUAUUUUACAAGGACGGCCUAAGAACAGUGGGUUAACUGCCUUGAUCAGAGGCAGAACGAAAUAUUUUUACCUUGUCAGUUUAGGAAUUCGAUAUCGCAACCUUUCAGUUACUGGCCCAUCGCUCUAACCACUAGGCUACGUGCCGCUCCAAGUUCAAGAAGUCAAUUUGUUAACGGAGAUUAGGAGUCGUGUCAAUUCAAAGUUGUAAUAAUUGCAUUAAUAAGUCUAGACUUUUGUUUCUUAGUCAUGUUAGAUAACCACCAUUAUGUUAGUUUGGUUAUACAUACACCUGGCAGUAGAUGGCGAUAGUAUUAGUUUUAGUGAGUGAUCACUGUGAUUGCUUUACAUAAACAAGCCAGGAGAUGGCGCCUAGUAGCCUACGUGAUACAGUUAUGUAACACAUUUGGAAUUUUACCCCUAGACUAUUGUCGUCAAAGAUAUAGACGGACCCGUCAUAGUCUAGUCUGAUAUAAGCUAUUCUAGUUGAUAAGGGACCACUGUACCACAUAGCAUCAGCUAUUAAGGCUAUCGGCUGUUAUGUCUCAAUUCCUCAUCGGCAAGAACGGGACUGAAUCACCCGAACCUGUCAAAGCAGAAGUAACAGUGAGAUCCGCUAUUGGCUCCGCUAGAUGACGGUUUGCCGUUGCCGCGACGACGUGACAGCACGAAUUUGUCUUGCUGCAGUCUCCGAAGUAGCGUUUUCGACCGCUCUCUCGUCGCACCUCUCUCUCUUUGUGCUUUUCUGCCUGUGUGUUCGCAGUUGCUUUGAUUUCUGGUACAGACAGCUUCUCCCACUCGUUUGCUGCAUAAUUGAUUGGGGAAAUAUGGAGCGAGAUGGCUGCCAAAAAGUUGAACAUAUGUAUUUUUAGGAUCUUAAGAAAAUCACAUGGAAAAAGCCAUGCAUGAAACAUGAAACGUAAACGUUAAAUUAGAUAUGUAAAUGUAAAAACCCAAAGUUACGAAUAUGAAUGAACAUUUACACUUUCAAUUCUUACUUUGUCUCCCUUUACUUGGUUACAGAUCUUUCUUUUUUUGUAUCCGUGUGGGGCUGCUGUGGUAUAGCCAAGUGGUCCCAAAUAGUCUUGACUAUUUAUAGCCAAUUCUUAUUGCCAGAUCUGUUUUCCUUAUCAGCCACUGCAUGUGCUGCUUCAACUAUUUUGUAAAAAAAAAUGUAAAGACUAUAUUUAGAGGCCUGUGAGCUAGGAUCUCUUAAGUGUAGCCCUAUAAUACGUUAUUAAACACAACUAGAGUUAAAAAAUAAAAAUAAUUCCGCAAGACAUCAGUACCCACAAUGAUGGCCUAAAUUGAAAUGCUUACAAGUUGAAGGCCUAUUUUUUGUUUGUUGCUGUAAACCUUCAUUGCAAAAUAGUGUUUUAAUCAAUUAUUUGGUGAUGUGAUUUAUAUUAGUUUAGUUUUAUCAAAUGUUUUACAAUUUACAUUUUUCUCAAUCACUGAGGCGGCUGGUCAUCCAUCCCUUCCUCCUGAGGAGCCUCCACGGAAACACACCUAUAUACAGUAUAUGAGGAUGUGUCCCUGGGUGGCUACAAGGGACACUGCUUCGCAAUGGGCCUGGUCUCUUUAAAGUGGGAGACACUGAAUACAACCACUGGUUUGAUGGCAUGGCCUUAAUUCAUAGUUUCACCUUCAAAGAUGGUGAGGUGUACUACAGGAGUAAAUUCCUGAGGAGUGACACCUUCAAGAAAAACACUCAGGCAAACAAGAUUGUUGUUUCAGAAUUUGGGACAAUGAUCUAUCCCGAUCCCUGCAAAAACAUAUUUUCAAAAGCCUUCUCCUACCUUCUCGCUGCCAUCCCAGACUUCACAGAUAACAACCUGAUAAACAUCAUUAGAUAUGGGGAGGACUACUAUGCCUCAUCAGAAGUCAACUACAUGAAUCAAAUUGACCCAAUUACCUUGGAUGUAAUUGGAAAGAUGAACUACAGGAAUCACAUUGCUCUGAACUUGGCGACUGCACACCCUCACUACGACGAUGAGGGAAACACCUAUAACAUGGGAACUGCCCUCAUGAGGUUUGGCAUGCCCAACUAUGUCAUCUUCGAGGUUCCAGUAAAUGCAUCAGAUAAGGAGCAUAAGAAGCCUGCCCUGCGGAAGGUGAAGCGGGUCUGCAAUAUACCGUUUCGCUCUACCCUCUUCCCCAGCUACUUCCACAGCUUCGGCAUGACAGAGAAUUACAUCAUCUUUGUCGAGCAGCCAUUCAAACUGGACAUCCUCAGACUGGCCACAGCUAUAUUUAGAAGAGUCAACUGGGCCAGCUGCCUCAAAUACGACAAAGAGGACAUUACGCUGAUCCACCUGGUCGACAAGAAGACUGGGAAGGCUGUGUCCACCAAGUUCUACACAGAUGCCCUGGUGGUUUUCCACCACAUCAACGCCUACGAGGACGACGGCCAUGUAGUGUUUGACAUGAUCACCUACAAAGACAGCAAUCUGUAUGAAAUGUUCUACUUAGCGAACCUGAGAAAGGAAACCCAUGAAUUCAUUGAGACCAACAAGGUCAACUUUUCCCCACCAAUCUGCCAUAGAUUUGUCUUGCCUCUCACUGUUGACAAGGAUACUCCAAAUGGAACAAAUCUGGUGAGGCUCAAAGACACAACUGCCAAAGCAGUGAUGCAGAGAGAUUGCUCGCUGUAUUGCCUGCCUGAAACAAUAUUUGAAGGUUUGGAGUUGCCAGGGAUGAACUACAAAUUCAAUGGCAAGAAGUACCGUUAUUUCUAUGGCUCAAGAGUGGAGUGGACUCCACACCCAAAUAAGAUUGGGAAGGUGGACAUCGUGACCAGAAAGUACAUUGAGUGGACAGAAGAGGACUGCUACCCUUCUGAGCCUGUGUUUGUUGCUUCACCAGGAGCUGUGGAGGAGGAUGACGGAGUCAUUUUGUCCUCAGUCGUCUCACUCAAUCCAAAGAUAUCCCCCUUCAUGCUUGUCCUUAAUGCCAAAACCUUUGAGGUAAUUGCUCGUGCCUCACUUGAUGCCAGCAUUCACAUGGAUCUGCAUGGACACUUCAUUCCCACACAUAGCACCAACUGACAUAGCCAGCAGAGGGCAGGAUUGUACCUUAACAUUGUAGAGGGCAAAGUAUUGUUCCCAACCAUGGAAAGUCUAUGUCCGUGCCCCCAUGGAAAUUCAAUGAGCAUAAUAAACAAACAUUCCCAUGAAUCAUUCUGUUUAAAGUUGAUCUGUUUUGCGUGGGCUGAAUCUCAAUCCACCACAUCUGCUGAUGACUGCCUUCCGCAUCUGCGGUAGGAGGCAGAGCUUCAAGAUGAUGUCUAGAUGGGAUACAGGUUGUCAAAUUUACAGCUAAGGUGAUUAUUUUUGCAUUUUAGCUAACACUAACCCCUCUCCUAACCUUAACCUAAUUCUCCUAACCUGCAACUUUAAUUAUCAAAACCUACUGUAUAAGUUCUAAACCUGAUACGAAAAGUAAUGUUUUUCCAUGUAUGAAUCUGUUAUUCAAUGUGUUUCUAAAGGCUAAUAGCGUUAAGAACAAAUUCAAUGUUUUAUGAAAUGUUUUUAUUUAAAAAAUUGUAUACAUACAGGGGUCCUAAAAUUCUAAAUCAAAUGGCUAAAUGAUCCUUGGUAUGACCAUCUUGAAACAAUUCCACAUACCUUAGUAAACUAGCUCUGGGCCCUUCAAUUACUAGGCUACCUCUCCAAUCGUAUUUGCUCAAAUGUUGCAGAAUUUGUUUACAGAACGUCUACCACAAAGUGUCUUUUAAAUCCUAUUUUUAAACAGAGAACGACGUAACCUCUAUUUUUGUAAAUCAGGAUGUAUAAAAUAUAGUUUUGUAUGUUAAAAGGGUUUAUAAUGUAUUAAUAAUAAUGUAUUCAUUCCGUCUAUCCUGGUCACCCUAUUGUAAAUUAUAUUGUUUUUCUGUACAACAGGUAAUUAAGGAAAACAAUAGUGUGCUGCAAAUCAGUUGUGGCAUUGCUAUUACCAUGAGUCACUACAAUGUACUUACAUUAGGUUUGUAAAUAUAUAUAUUUGAAUAUCCAUUAGAAUACUGUUUAUUAAAUACUUGUAUUUAAUUCACUCAUAAAAAAAACAUGUAUACUUUUAGUACAUUCUAGAGGAAGACUGAAACAAGACAUUAAUGCUCUGAAGUUAGAAUGAAAUUUGACAAUUUGUUGUGCAUUAAAUGCCAGUUUGUUUUGUUUGAUUCUGAAAUCAUUCUGUGACUUUGCUUAAAAUGGAUCCCCUGAAGUCUGUGUAAAUGUGCAAUUGAACUAUUUGUCUUAGUCUGACCAUGUCAUCACCUAAUAAUUAAUAAAGUCUAAAAUGAGCAUAUUGCUUACAACUACA